AUCUAUUAGAAGAAAGUGGUACUUAUAAUAUCGUUGGUUUCUUUUUCUUCACUCUCUAUCUCUCUCUCUCUUUCGCUCUCGUUCUGUCUAAGCUAUUCUUCUCGCCACGCUCGAGUCUCGAGUUUUGACCCAAACCGCUACCCACACGCCUCUCUCUCUCUCAUUCACUCACUCAGUCACUUGGCCGGCCGGCCGGCCGCCUCUUCCAGCAACCUCCGGCAAUUCUUUUCCGGCCAGUCGCCGGAAUAUUCAACGAAGGGCCCCCCCAACUCUUAUUGGCUCGGCAUCCACUGGAAAAGUCACGGUUAUUUUAAUGAGCUGCUUGCUAGCAGCCUAGCUCCUGUUGCCUGAACCAUAGCACUCAUUUCAGUCAGAAGGUCAGUGUGGAGUGCACCGUUAAAGUUAUCUAGCACUCAUUUCAGUCAGAAGGUCAGUGUGGAGUGCACCGUUAAAGUUAUCCAUCCUGUUGGCCUCGUCCAGGCACCUAGUUGAUAAUGGUCCACUGCUUUGUGAAACAUUGACACAUGGAUCCUGAAGGCAAGAAUUUUGGAAGAGGACCAAGGGAACUGACUGGUGCUGUAGAUCUCAUAAAUCACUACAAGUUGUUACCACACCAUGAUUUUUUCUGCAAGAGAUCACUUCCUUUGUCAAUUUCAGACACGCAUUAUCUUCACCAUGUUGUGGGAGACACAGAUAUCAGAAAAGGAGAAGGGAUGCAAUUGGAUCAGCUUAUUCAGAACACAUCUUAUUCCAGAGAUACUAAUACACGGAUACAACCAUUUGAUCUCGAUAUUCUGAAAGAAGCCUUUCAAUUAAGGGAAACUGCUCCCGUUGAUUUGCCCCUUGCAGAGAAGGGGAUCCCUACCAUUGCAGGGAAAUCAAAAAGUGAGUCCAAGGACAAGAAGCAUAAAAAGCACAAAGACAGAGAUAAGGAUAAGGAUAAGGAUAAGGAUAAAGAGCAUAAGAAGCGCAAGCACCGUCAUAAGGACCGAAGUAAAGAUAAAGAUAAAGAUAAGGAUAAGGAGAAGAAGAAGGAUAGAAGUGGGCAUCAUGAUUCUAGUGCUGAUCACUCAAAGAAACACCACGAAAAGAAAAGGAAGCAUGAUGGAGAUGAAGACGUUAAUGACAUUCACCGACACAAAAAAAGUAAGCAUAAAAGCUCAAAAAUUGAUGAAAUGGGUGCGAUAAAGGUAGCCGGCUGAAGGUGGCAUAGAAUAAUUGUUCUCAAUGGUUCUUGUUAGAGAGUUUGGGGGGUCUUUGGCUUAACGAUGUCCAAUUGUUUGAGAACGGCUUGUGAACUGACUAAAGAUUGUGAAGAUAAAUUAGCCUAGUGAUCGCAUCUGAUGUAAGGUAAAAAUUGCUAAAAAUGAACUCUUUUGUAUCAUAACAGUGGUCUAAUAUUAUUGGUAGUAAUGUGCAAGACUCCUUACUUUUUUUUCUUCUCAGUUUCUGUGGCGCAUUGGAUUUCUCAGCGUGUAUACAUUAUUAUAAUCUUUCUCCUGUUUAGAGUUUUUAAGCUGACAUUAAUGAUAAGCUUAAAUUAGAGUUUCCAGCUUUUGAGUUUUAGGAAGACUAGAUUGGGAAGGGGAUUGUGUACAUAUUCCCUCAUCUGUUGUAGCAAUGACUAGCAUGUUUGAUUAUCCAAAUUGAUUGUAAGGGCUAGGGCUAUGUCCUCACAUUAAUCCUCAAUUCAUUUAAUUAAUGUAUUCUUUGUAUAUACAGUAAACUUAAUGACUGGGUCAUCGAGGGAAUCAUUAUUGCUGUUGGUUGAUAUUUUGAGGCUCAGAAUGAUUCUUUUC